GAGAGAGAGAGAGAGAGAGAGAGAGAGAGAGAGAGAGAGAGAGAGAGAGAGAGAGAGACUGCGGGGGAGAGAGAGUCCACCCAUUUCUAUGUAGAACUGAAAGUACAGACGAGGCGCUCAUAAGAAUCUGCGGGGAGGGGGGGGCCUGUCAGCAGAGAGCCACUAAGCACCCAACCGGCCCACGGAGAACAUGGAUCCAGCAAGAGGGGACCACGUUGGCCCCACCACCUGACCUGGACUAAACCACAGCGGGGGAUCGUUCUAAAAAAGAACAGGAUCCAACAACCGAGGAAAACGCCUCGCAAAAAAGAAACACAAAAUGUCCUUUUCGCUGGGCGUCCAGCGACGGGAGCAGGUGGACCUGCUGUACAUCUCCAUGGAGACGGCCAUCGCCCUGGCCUCGGUGCUGGGCAACGUGCUGGUGGUGGCGGCGGUGGCGGUCAACCGCUCGCUGCGCGACACCACCUUCUGCUUCAUCGCGUCGCUGGCGGCGGCCGACAUCGCGGUGGGCGCGCUGGUCAUCCCCCUGGCCGUGGUCAUCAGCCUGGGCCUGGAGACCCAGUUCUACACAUGCCUGCUUCUCUCCUGCCUGCUGCUGGUCAUCACCCAGGGCUCCAUCCUGUCGCUGCUCGCCAUCGCCGUCGACCGCUUCCUCCGGGUCAAGAUCCCGACCAGGUACUGCGUCGUGGUGACCCAGGGACGGGCCCGGGUGGCGGUCGGCCUGUGCUGGCUCCUCUCCUUCAUCUCCGGCCUGGUCCCCAUGCUUGGCUGGCACAUCCGCCCUGACCCCCACCUCCAGGGUAACGCCAGCGGCGACGCGCCCAUCGUGUGCAUGUUCACCUCGGUGGUCAGCAUGCACUUCAUGGUGUACUUCAACUUCCUGGGCUGCGUGGUGGUGCCGCUGGUGGUCAUGAUGGCGCUCUACGGCGAGAUCUUCCGGGUGAUCUGCGUCCGUCUGGGCCGCCGCGCCGAAGCCACGUGUGAUGGCGGCGACGGCCGGCGCUACUACCAGAAGGAGCUGCGUCUGGCCAAGUCCCUGGCGCUCGUGGUGGCGCUGUUCGCCCUCUGCUGGCUGCCGCUGCACAUCCUGAACUGCGUGGCGCUCUUCUGUCCCUCGUGCCCGCUGCCCAAGGCCGCCGUCUACACCGGCAUCUUCCUGUCGCACGUCAACUCGGCGCUCAACCCGCUGGUGUACGCCUUCCGCAUCAAGCGCUUCCGGGUGACGCUGAUCCAGAUCUUGCGGCGAUGCGUGCUCUGUCGGCCCGCCGAGCCCAGCCUCUUCCCUGAGGGGAAGACCGUCCUGACAGGGUAGAGGACCACUGACCCCUGACCUCCGGAUCUGUGAUCUCUGACCCCCGGAUCUGUGACCAAUGAACCCUGACCUGUGAUGUGACGGCGGGUUUAAACUGAAUGUGUUCCACAAGUAGCAGCGGUGAUAAGAAUGGAGUAGUAAAUGGAUUUGAUUGAUUGGAAGAUAUUAUCCACUUCCUGUUGGCUUUCAGUCCCAUUCUGAUGAGCUCUUGACGGCUAAACGGAUUUUAGUUUUUUCAGCUUAAGUAUGAUCCGUGGUUAAUCGACUCAUAUUUCUGGGAAAUACUCAUCUCAUUUCUGAAUCCCAAAUGACGGCUGUUGGAAUUGGAUAAAUAAUGGAUUGGACAUUAACUUGUUUAUCUCCAAAUAGACAAGUGCUGUCAACAGAACAGAUAUGAUAAUAUCUGCACAUCACGAUGUACUUUCCUUUUAAGUCCCAAAUGGGAUUAAUUACCCAGUCUACAUCCAGUUCACGUUACGACAAAUACAUCCCUUAUUGGAUUCAAUUUCUCGGUUGGUUAUGUACAUCAGAAAAAAGUAUAAAUUGCUUGGUUUGUUGAUGGUCUAUAUAAUAAAUGUGCAAGUGAGUAUUUUGUAAACUGACUUGAUAUUUUAUAUAAAAAAAGGCUCCCCACUAA